GCCUCCGCUUGACCCGGAUACAGACGGCGCUGCCUCCCCGCCGGCUCGCUGGGGAGCGUGGAGCCGGGCCGGCCGCGGCAACAGAGGGAAGGGAGCGGUGUGUCGCGCCGCGCCCCGACGGCGUCAUGGGGCUGUGGUGAGCGCCCGGUACUGCUGUCCGCCCGCCCUGCCGUGCCUCCUCCCCCGCGGCCAUGGCCCCCAUGGGGAUCCGCCUUUCGCCGCUCGGCAUGGCCGUGUUCUGCCUGCUGGGGCUGGGCGUCCUCUACCACCUCUACUCCGGCUUCCUGGCCGGCCGCUUCGCCGCCUUCAUGCCGAGCGAGCCGGCGGCCGGCGGGCCCGAGAGCCCCCGCGGCUCCGCUCCUGCCGGCUCCGUGGACCUGCGGGAGCUGCUGGCCGUGUCCGUCCUGGCCGCCGCCAGGGGCGGGGAGGAGGUGAAGCGGGUCCGCGAGGGCAACGUCCUCAACGCCAAGGCGAAGGGGAAGACGCGGGAGGGAGCCGACGAGCAGCUGACGACCGGCGACCUCCUCUCCAACCGCAGGAUGUUCUACCUGCUGAAGAGCGCCUUCCCCGCCGUGCAGAUAAACUCUGAAGAACAUGUUGAUACAGCUGAUCAGGAGACAGUCUCUUGGGAUCACAGUAUUCCUGAAGACAUAAAACAAAAAAUACAGCCUAAAGAGGUUCCAGCAGAAAGUGUUACUGUCUGGAUUGAUCCAUUAGAUGCUACACAAGAAUACACAGAGGAUCUUCGACAGUAUGUCACAACAAUGGUGUGCGUGGCUGUAAAUGGUAAACCAGUCAUAGGAGUGAUACACAAGCCGUUCUCAGCAUACACAGCCUGGGCAAUGGUGGAUGGUGGGUCAAACGUAAAAGCUCGCUCCUCCUACAAUGAGAAAACUCCACGGAUUAUUGUAUCCCGCUCCCAUGCAGGAAAAGUUGAGCAGGUUGCACGGCAGACAUUUGGAAAUAAGACUGUGAUAAUCCCCGCUGGUGGAGCAGGUUAUAAAGUGUUGGCCCUCCUUGAUGUGGCUGAAAAGAAUCAAGAAGAAGCUGAUGUGUACAUCCAUGUCACCUACAUUAAGAAGUGGGACAUAUGUGCUGGAAAUGCAGUGUUGAGAGCAUUGGGUGGCCAUAUGACUACCCUGACUGGUGAAGAAAUUAGUUACACUGGCUCAGAUGGCAAUGAGGGAGGACUUAUAGCCAGUAUCAACAUGAACCAUAAAGCACUAAUUGAAAAACUUCCAGAUCUGGAAAAAACAUCACACAAAUAAACUUGACUGAUGGAGAAGUACAAGUUGUGCUUUUGUAGCCUCCAAAUGCUCUGUCUGAAGAAGCAGGUGUGAAAACCUGCUAGGAAAGAUGCACAGCAAAGCAAAGCAGUUUGGUGUGGGUUUGGGGACUAUAUUGUGCAUUGGGUUUCUUCAGUGGUGGUAUUUAAAAAAGAAUAAAAUAAUAAUCAGAAGUAGGAAGGGGACUGACUGCGUCACACCUCAGUUUCCAUGUUUUAUUUUUUUUCAGACUGUUUUCAUGCAGUUCUUAUACUCAAGGUGCAUAUACAGUAUAUAUUGGUGAGUGUAGGUGAACUAAAGAAAAAUCCAAAUUGAUUCAUAAAAUAACCUCAGUAGUUCUCACAGGAAUUUCUUGGAACCUUUUACGUCUUGUUACUGUAGCUGUAGCAACUCCAUAAUGAAUUAGGUAGGGGGAAAAAAGGUUGAUUUAUAUAGGCAUCUGAUAACUCAGUAAACAAUUUAGCAGGAAACAUGACCCUGUGUUCUGUAUCCCCUGAACAGAAAGCACAAGAAGGUUGACACAAAUUCAUAUGCAGCAACAGUUUAUCUUUGACAGUGUGGCACUCCUUCUGCUUCUUAAGAGAAAAAAAGAAAUGUUCUGUGCUAUUUUGACUUUUUUUUCCUGAAGAUGUAAACCAGUUUAGUUUGGAUGGGUUGUGAAUAUCAGUGUUUUAUUAAUCAGUGUAAUUAUUUCCAUAUACCUUUCUAAAAGAAGGCAAUGUUUCCUUGUAUAGUUUUUAACAGUUACUUCUUGUCCUUGAUUUCUGUGUACAGUGUUGAAGAUGCAUGCUAGAUUUUCCUCUAAUGUAGGACUUGUUCAUCGUUUGGUGUUUGUGCCUAUAGAAGCGGCCUCUUCCUUCAGUACCUGGUUUGAGGUUUUUUUUUGGUUGUUGUUUUUUUUCCAUUGGAUAGAGUCAUAUGGAACAAGUUUAAUAGAAAUAGUAAGUUGAUUGGUUGUUUCCAUUUACAACAUGAGAUCUAAACCAGCAAUUUUUCUACAACCCCAGAAAUAUCUUUUUGUCUUUUUAGGUUAAGGUGCGCUGUUUUCUGCAGAAAGCUCUUGAGCUAUCCCAAACAGCUCGCAGUUCCUUGGUUUGUGGAAAUUUUACAGAGGGAGAGAGAGAGACCAUUUGAACUUGAAUCUCUGUAAGCAAGUUUGAAGAACACGUGGCGCUUGAAGCAGGGUCUGCAAAACUUUACUGAAAAAUGUGCUUUGUCAAUCCAGUACACACAGAACAGAACAUGGGCCCUUUGAUAUCAAAUGAUGAUUUGUUGCACCUCUAAAAUAUGCAAACUUCUAUCUACAACAAUGUAACCAUCUGUAUUGUUCUCUGCACCUCUCUGAAGGUGUUUCAGAAGGUUAAAAUGUUAUUGGAUUAUUAGUAGAUAAGCUUCCCCUCUCUCCUCCAGAAAGCUGAAAUUCUUAGUUAAUACAGAUGUCUUCUGUUCAAAGUUUAUUCAGUGUAAGCUUAGGCUGUUUAAACCAAAUUCUUACUUACUUUCGUUUUAACUUCCAUCAUACUGGUGUUGUGAUUAAAAAGAGGGUUUUCCUCCUUACAUCAGUAGUGGAGCAUUCUUAGGUACCUCUUUUGACUUCUAGCGAACAUUCACAUUUCCAAACAACCUCCUCGGAUGUUGCAUAACUAGAGAUACAGACUCUUAUUUUGUAAACUUACUGGCAAAGUAGACUGAAGCUUAGUCCUACUAGCCUUUUGGUACGGGUAGGUUUUUUUAGAUAACUGUUUUUCCAAAAUCGACACUAUUGCUGCUGUUUGAAAAUAGCUUUUACACAUGUAGAUAAUACACAAAGCAACUUAACUUCCAAUUUUUAAAUUUAAUAAACUACUAUAUGUUAUGACAAGUAAGUGAAUAUGCCCUUUUUAAAAAGGGGCUGAUCUAUUUUGAAAAACUUGUUGAGCUUCCAAACCUCAGUGAAGAAUAAAAAUCCAGAUAUUUAUCAAGGCUUUAGUAAUAUUUUACAAGAAGACUGCAGCUUUUUUUCCUUCAGGCUGAUUUAAAUGACUUCAAACCUAAUAAAAAAGCAGCUCUUUUGUUUAUUAGUUAAAGAACAUGGAUUAAAAUUUAAAUAUGAUAAAUAGCCAUAGUUAACCUAGUAUAAAAACCUAAAUAUGUCACGGACGUUGAAUGCACAAUAUUUAAAUAGACAAUUAAGACAAAGUCUGUGGCAGAUUGUGGUUUUAGAUUCAGGUUGAAAUCAUGUGUAAACUUGUGAAAAUGUGACUGCUUUUAUUUUGGAUACAAUUCUGUCACUUCCUUGCAUAAGCUGGCAUCAGACUUAGCUUCUGUAUGAGAAAUGAAAAAUAAGAUGUUACCAAAUACAAGGGCUUGCUUGCAUUUUUCCUUAGGAAGGUAAGGUACAAAGAGCAUCAGCCCUCCUUUCCUCCCUCCCAUAUGCUGGCUAAAACGCCUGAUCUUCCAUGAGGAAGACGUGUGCUUGUUUAGAGCCAUUUAUAUCCUAAAUUGCUUUGCUGCAGUGGAUCUCAGUGUUCAGUACCUUUCACUGUGGACCUGUAUUGGCCCAAUCUCGCUUCCUGUGGAAACGAAGAGAAGGUGAGAGUGAGGUGCUCAGUUAAUUACUUCUGGUGCAGCCUGAGCUCAUACAGCUUUCCCACAGCUAAGGCCUAAGGUGCUGCUUGGGGUCUCCCAGUCUAAAGAGGAGCUGCUUUGAUAUGAGAAUAGGUAAGCACCUGGUGAAUAUCAGUUUUCGAUGUCAUCCUACAAGAAAUGCAACUCUUAUGCAGACCAGCAGGUAUUUAAAAGUGCUUGCUUAGUGCACGUGUGCCAGUGCACUUCGAUAUUUGUUUGUCUAGUGUUAACACUCAGUAUGUCCUGUUUCUUUGACUGUCUACACUCCAUUCUAAAACGUUUUGCUAUUCCGGCUUAAAUUUGUGUAGUCUCAGCUGUGCGGAUGUGACUUAAGCUUAUGCCCAGAGUGGUAGGAAAUCAUACCGUACCCAUGUCUCACUGCUGGGCUAGAACAUUGUUCUUUACAUUCUAGCCUUUUCCACAUAAAACUGUCAUACCAUUUUUAGGGAUGCUACUUAAAACAAUUGCAUGGUGUAGGUGGGUGCUACAAAAGUAUGUCUUUUCUAAAAAUUUUAAUUAAAAAAAUAAAUCAUGGUAUCAUUCUGGCUCCAAACAAGGGAAGUAAGAGAAUGUAUUGGUUUAGCAUUGUUUUUCCAAUGCUGGAUUUUUUGAGUGGCUGUUAUGAUUAAGGUCAUUGCAAGUGAAAAUAUUCUAAAGCUGUAUGUAUAUUCUUUUUUUCAUUCUGCUAAAAAGAGUGGAUGGUAGCAUAGAUGAUACCUUGUAUUGUACCAAGAGUCCUAACUUUCAUUCCUUGAAUGAAUGUUUUUCUAAAUAAAUGGACACAUAAAUAAAAGGGUUGAAUAUUGUACUUAA